CCACCACUACAUUUAUUGCAGCCUGGACAUCAAUGUGAAACCUGUGUGGAAUGGACAGAACGCAAGGACAAAUAGAGGAGCGAGGGUACUGGGGCAGCAAAGCAGAGUUUCUUCUGGCUGUGGCAGGGAAUGUGAUUGGACUGGGUAACGUCUGGAGGUUUCCUUACCUCUGUUACAAGUAUGGAGGAGGGGCGUUCCUGAUCCCCUACCUGGUGUUUGUGGUUACCUGUGGGGUGCCUCUGUUCCUGCUGGAGACGGCCAUGGGACAGUACACACAGGAAGGGGGCAUUACUUGUUGGCGUCGGCUCUGUCCAUUAGCUGAGGGUAUUGGUUAUGCAGGACAACUUAUUCUUCUGUACAGCUGCAUGUAUUACAUCAUCAUUCUUUCCUGGGCGCUUUUCUACCUCAUUUUCUCCUUUAGCUCCCAACUGCCUUGGGCCAGCUGUGACAACACCUGGAACACAGAUGACUGUGUAAAUCUUGCUGCAAAGAAUUUGACCCUCAACCGGACAACCCUGAUUAAUUCAACACCUGCAGCUACUGAGUUCUGGGAACGCAGAGUGCUGUCUCUCUCCGGAGGUAUUGAGGAGAUCGGUCAGAUCAACUGGGAGAUUCUUCUCUGCCUUAUUGCAAUGUGGGUCAUAUGUUAUUUCUGCAUCUGGAAAGGAGUCAAAUCUACAGGCAAGGUGGUGUAUUUCACAGCUACAUUUCCUUAUGUGAUGCUGCUGGUGUUGCUGAUUCGUGGGUUAACUCUUCCUGGAGCUCUUCAGGGGGUUGUGUUUUACCUGUACCCUGAACCGGCCCGGCUCUUUGACCCACAGGUCUGGUUGGAGGCCGGAGCUCAAAUCUUAUUUUCCUACAGUGUGUCUGUUGGCACUCUCACUGUUUUAGCCAGCUACAAUAAAUACAACAACAACUGCUACAGGGACAGCUUGUGGCUUUGCGUUCUGAACAGUUGCACAAGUUUGGUGGCUGGCUUUGCUGUGUUCUCAGUCUUGGGCUUCAUGGCCCAAGAGCAGGGCGUCCCCAUUGCAGAGGUGGCAGAGUCAGGACCAGGACUGGCAUUCAUAGCUUAUCCACAAGCAGUAGCUAUGAUGCCUCUUCCUCAGUUGUGGGCUGUCUGUUUCUUCAUCAUGAUUAUUUUGCUGGGCCUAGAUACACAGUUUGUUUCAAUGGAAGCCGUCACAACAUCAGUGAUGGACCUGUUCCCCACCAUUCUGCGCAGAGAAGGACGGCGAGAAAUCUUCAUCCUGUUCUUCUGUCUUGUAUGCUUCUUGGGACAACUGAUCAUGGUUACUGAGGGGGGGAUGUAUGUAUUCCAGUUGUUUGACUACUACGCCUGUAAUGGAGCCUGUGUACUGUUCCUGUCUGUGUUUGAGUCUCUGGCAAUGGGUUGGAUUUUUGGGGCUGAGAGGAUGUUUGACAUCAUUGAAGACAUGACAAAGUCACGACCCAAUUACAUAUUCAUGCUGUGCUGGAAAUACCUGACUCCUCUCGUAUCUGUGGUGUCUUUUGUCUGUUCUAUGGUGGAGUAUACACCCCUCACUUUUAACCGCUGGUAUGUGUACCCAGACUGGGCGUAUGUACUAGGCUGGUUACUGGCUCUAUCCUCCAUCGUACUGGUGCCUGGAUGGGCACUGGGUCAACUGUUUGCUGGGAAAGGGAGUCUAAAACAGCGUUGGCGUCACCUGUGCAGACCUGAUCCAGAGCUUCCUCUCACCACUGAACAAAGAGCUGAAAUGAAGGAAACUCCUCUUAACACAGAGAUGGAAGACUUAGUUAGGGCAAACAUAGUUGAUGAAAAUGGAUACUAAAAAAAAAAAAUUAAAUUGUACUCUAUAUUUUCAGUACUAUUCAAAUAAAUACGAUAAAGGAUAAUAAAAAAGAUGCUUUAGCAACUUGCACAAACAAGGUCUAAAAUGCAUUUCUUCAUCUCUAGCAAUAGGUAAGCCUAUCUGCUCAAAGUUAGUCAGAGGAUAUCCCUAAACCAGUUAUUUUACAUUACAAAGAAAAACUGUAAAAAUGUUUAUGCAUUUCUUUAAUAAGUAUUUCAGAGUAUGUGUCUUAAUAUUUAGGUUUUGUCCUUUUCGAGUUUGAUGGUCUUAGCUCAUGAUCUCAGAUAUUGGUUCUUACUUUGUGUCAUGUUCCUCAGUUCCCUAUCUGUCGGUCAAUACGAUUUAUGUCGUGACGACAGACUGGUGUAUUGCUUGGAGCCCUGGGCCCGUAUUCACAAAACAUUUAUCAUUUAUCAACAUUUAGUAAAAAAAAAAAAAGUAAAAAUCAAAUGGGUUUAGUUACAAUGUAAUGCAUUUAUUAAGCAUUUUUCUUAAUAAAUGCAUGUCCAAACUCAUGAUAGACACUGAUUUAACUGUGGUGACACACAACAUGCCAUUAUGUUAAAUAUAACUACUUCUCAUAAAGAACAAGAACAUGGUUUUCUUUUUCAAUGAAAUACCAGUAGUCUAAUUAUGCAUUCUUUAUAACAACUUGUUCACCAUAUUAUUCAUAAUUUCAAGCAGACAUAUAUUAUAGAUUCAUCUUUAGGGCUAUUAAGUACUAAGUGAUUCAGUCAAGAUCAGCGAGUGAUUUUACUUUUAGCAACUAAAUUAGGCUGCUAUAUCCUAUAAGUUUUCUCUUGUAUCAUCAAAUUUAUCCAUACGCCUGCUCUUCUCUUACUCCCACAUAGUGAGAUUUUUUAAAGGUUUUAUGAGACAUGUGUAUGUUAGCUUAUGUCUUGUAGGAUAGAUCGAUAGACUAUGAUAUGUUGGAAUGUAAGUUACGCAUCUAACCUCCGAUCCCCGCAGCAGAUUCAUUCUGAAUAAAUUGUACCCCGAAUGGUCCCUCCCUAA